GAUUCCCCGCGCCCAAGGCCCAUUGCGUCCUUGAGGGAAGAAUAGCAAGAUAGCGGCAGAAGAGCAGCUCCCAGGUGUUAACUCUGUUUUAUUAGCGGAGCUUCCGAAGCUUUCCUUCACGUAGCGAGAUAAAUAAAUUAUCGCCUGUCCGUGUAUCAAGCGCACGAUGAUUCGCUUCAUUCUGAUCCAAAACCGAGCAGGGAAGACCAGACUGGCCAAGUGGUACAUGCAGUUUGACGAUGACGAGAAACAGAAGCUGAUCGAGGAGGUGCACGCGGUAGUGACGGUCCGUGACGCCAAGCACACCAACUUUGUAGAGUUUAGGAACUUCAAGAUUAUCUACAGGAGGUACGCUGGUUUGUACUUCUGCAUUUGUGUGGAUGUCACUGACAAUAACCUGGCCUACCUGGAGGGCAUUCAUAACUUUGUGGAGGUCCUGAACGAAUAUUUCCACAACGUGUGCGAAUUAGAUCUGGUCUUCAAUUUCUACAAGGUGUACACCGUGGUGGAUGAGAUGUUCCUGGCCGGAGAGAUACGAGAGACCAGCCAAACGAAGGUUCUGAAACAGCUCCUCAUGCUGCAGUCGCUAGAGUAGCGUUCGUCUCCAUCGGGGCAGGCGCCUCCCCUCUCUGAAAGCUACUUGUAUCGUUCGUGUAUGGAUGUCGUCGAGGAAAACUAUAUAACAUUUCAGCAUUUAUUUUAAAGCUAUGCUAUGUAAGAUUUUAGGAUGCAGUAUUUAAGGAAAUGUUGAUAUUGCCAAGAAGGAUGAGUAAGGCUGAUUGAAGGAGGUUCUUAAUGAAAAUUCUUCUCUGGUGCAUCAUGUACGUCGUGUCUGGGACUCGUAUCCUGAACUGAACACCACCUGUGUCUCAAAAUAGGUCCAAAGUACUCGUAUACACUUUCAGUUAACGCCUGUACAUUCGCAACAGGAACGUAAACAUUAAAUGCUGCAGAAGUCCUAACGAGAUCUUUCAUGGUUUAUCUUUAAAUGUUUUUCUUUUUAUUUGACAGAUUUCAGAAUGGCAUUAGCAUUUUAUGUUCAUUGCUUUCUUGGUGCAUGGUUUUCUUGUGAAUACCAUACUGGACUUGCAGCUUUGAGGGGUGUUCAGAACCGUUCCAGUUUUUCUGUAGUUAUACUCUCGCAAGAUUUAAAUCAGGAGCGUAACUUGACGGCCCAUUCCUUCUCUGUAAAGGACACUAAACUAGUAAAGACAGUGAUGGACCAAACCAUUUCUCAUAUUAGCUAUUGCUGGUCCAUUUAACCAUGAGUAUGGGCAAAUGGGAUGAUUAUUUUGAUAUUGGUGGACACCUACCCCCACCAGCUUAAACUUCACAGUAAUCUGGCUGGCAUUACUGUGAAUUUUGUAUUGUUUAUAUAUACAUACAUUAUAUAUAAAUAAAUAUGGAUAAACCCAUUUUGGCUCUGGUUGUGUGAAGUUAAAUGCAGUUUCGUCUUUCCUUAGUUCUCACCAACACACAGACGUGAGCACAAACUCUGUUCCAAUAUUGGCACAGUGGCUGUUUGAAAAUUCAAGAUGCAGAAUUGAAGUUCUUACCAGUAACUGGUGUGUUGGGUACAGGAACAAAGGUAGGGCUGUUGUAUAGCUAGCAAGCCUGAACAGAUCUUUCAGCAUUGGGAGGUAAACCACAGGACACAUGCGUCUCAUCAUCUUCAGAAACAGUCUUCUCUCCGUCAGUGACUCUACAGACAACGAGUCCUGCAUAACUGUCAUAAUAACCAGAGACCUUUUACCAUCAUACCAGAUUAGAGUUUAAUCUGGAUCAGUGAAUCUGGCCCCAGAAGUGUUGGUUUCAGAAUGUAUUGUUAGGUCUUAAUUUUUAAAUUCUUUUUGUUUCUUUUGAUUUUUGUCAAAUAUCCCAUUUUAUGCAUUUCUUAUGACCUGUGAUUGAAGAUUGAAUUUGGGUGUUUACACUAUUCAUAACAUGUAAGCCAACAAAAGUUGAAAAUAAAUAAGUAAAAAUUA